UUCUCUACAUCAGGAAUUUUAGACAUUUAUCAUAUCAAAACAUUUCAAAUGGCUAAAUUUAUAUACUGUUAUCAUAACAACCUGUUGCCUCCAUUGUUUUUUAACUUGUUUUUGACAAACAGUCAAAUUCAUGGCCAUAGCACCGGAACAGCCAAUAAUUAUCGCGUUCAUCAUUGACAAACUAAUCUGAAAAAAUUCACAAUUUUUUACCAAGAUCCAAAUAUCUGGAAACCCCUUCCUGUUACAAUGACUCCUCUGUCAAGUUUUUCCAAUUUUGGGAAAAAGCUGCCAGAGUUUUUAGUAAAAUAAUUACGGAAUUGGCAAAGCCGCUCUCUCGGUAGCACUAUAUAUGUAAGCACAUUGUUACGUACGAGGUGGCCUCAGCUGAAAGCCUGGUGGUUUCUGGAAAUCACCUCGCCAUACAUUGAACUCUCGAUGAAUUGUUCAUAUAUUAGGUAAAAAGGCAAAUAAAUAAAUUUGCAUUUGAAAAAAGAAAGGAAUGUUUCUCUGAGACGCUCAAUUGUAGUCUGUUCAAUUUAUCAGAAAAAUUAAUAUUUUACUUACAUACAUACAUACAUCUUUAUUUAACAAUGCAGGUUUUAAAAAUUGGCAAGACCAAAGUCCUGAUGUGGACCUGCCUAACUACAGCUAAUUGAAUCAUUAUUAUCGCAUUAAAAUAAGGAUAAAAUUAAAGUUUAGGUGAGCAAGAUAUAAAUUUCUUCUUAAAUACAAUAAUUAUUAGAUAAAUUUAAAUGCAAUUGUUCUAAAUAAUAAAUAAAUAAAUAUCUAAAAAUAUAAGAAAUCAUCAUUUUCAUUGAAACACAGCAGGAACCUCUGGCUAAAUUUAUGCUAUUUAGUCAAUGUUUGUUCGCAUUAAGCCCAAUGUGGAAGAAGGCUCCAUGUCAACGCGGCCCUGUGUUUAAAAGAGGAUUUGCCAAUUUCAGAUCUUGGUCUUGGCACUUCUAUAUCUAAAGAAUUCCUUAAGCUGUAAUUGGGUUUUGCCUUAGAAAUUAGAAUGUUCAAUUCAUCUGUAUUUGAACCAUGAUAGAUUUGGUAGGUCACAACCCGCAGUGUCUUUACAUAAUAGGAGGAGAUGGGAUUCCAUUGUCUCAAUUUCUUGAUCUCAGGAGUCGGAGUAGUCAUAGGUAGCUCGUAGACAAUCUUAAAUGCUCUCAUAUGAAUACGUUCAAUAUCCUCCAUAAGUGCCGAGGAAACAGAGCCCCAGACAACAAUAUCAUACGCAACACUACUGAGGAGUAACUGAGUUGAAAUAGCGUGGGACCAAAACAGAGAACGGUCCUCUUACUGUUGUUGCGUAAGUUUUGUGAGCACGUCAUGAGCAAAUCACGCUGCACUCUUCACUUAGUAUUAGAUGGUUUGCUAUUCUUCUAGAUUCUUCUCUUUCUCCGCAAAGGUUGUGAAUUCUUAACCUGUUUCAACAGAAUUUUCCAGUGGCAAUGGAUGCCAAUACACUGUACUGUUUUCAACACUGAGUAACACGAAAGUGCAUUUUUUCUUUGGAAUUUCUUUAUGCGUGGGAUAAGCUGGACGAAAGGGAAGGUGGAUCAAAACUGGUUUACAAUUUUCUUCUUCUCUCAAGCAUCAUCCUCGUGUCUUGACUGAUUAAUUGCCAUAUGUAAAUAACCUUUAACCUUGUAAACAGCUGCUGUUGUGCUGAUGCUAUUUUUAUUCACUGGAUAUUAGCAUAGGAAUUUGUUAGAUUAUUGUUGUCCUGCAUAUUGAUUACGUUUUCCACCCACAUUUCGCGUCAAAUCCAUGUAGACUAGAAAGGACUUUACCCUUAGGUGCGUCCAAAUACCAUUAUUGUCACGAAAAAAAAUUGUUCCUUUCGACCCUUGCCAUUUUCAUCGAAUUCUCUGACGCUUCAUCACGUGAGACUUAAACUGUAAAAUUUUACAGCUGACCAUGUCUUUAAACUCAAACAAACUCAAUAUAUUUAUAAAAUCAUUGGAGCCAUGGACAUUCUCAGCCUCGAUUUUGUCAUUUCUUCUGGGGACAGUUCUUGCUUGGAAAUAUGACGGCAGGUUUGAUGUUGUGAACUGUUUUCUAACGGCUCUUGUUAUCUUCCUCACUCACGCGGCCGGGAAUUUUGCGAACUCGUACUACGAGGCCGAAGAUCGAAGGUUUUUUGUUUCGUCUACCACGAGACGAGUCACGCUUGAACUCAACGCAAAAUGGGCGGUAUGGAGUUACGUUCUUGCUUCAGCAGUGUUUUGCUGUCUGGCUGUUGUCUCUGAGGCUGAAUUCAGGCUGGAAUUUGGCUUGUACGCCACUGGUUUUCUCGCUUCCUUGCUACAUGGUGGAGGACUGAAGAACAUAGUGCUCGGCGACGUGCUAACUUGCGGGAUAUUUGGUCCUCUCUCUGUUGUGUUCACAUACAUUCAACAGGUUGGAACAGCUCAUCAGCAGCUGUCAAGUGUUUGGAUAGUAGCUUACUCUUUGCCUUUUAUGCUCUUCACAGAAGCUAUUUUUCACAGUCAAAACACACGUGAUAUCAAGACAGACAUCAGGGCUGGCCACAGGACACUGGCAGUACUUUUGGGGCCACAGCAUGCAUGUUAUCUUCACACUUUAUUCUUGUUGUUCCCAUAUGUAGUUGUAGGUUUACAAGCUGCAAUUACCUCGCCGUAUUUCGGAAUAGCUCUGCUCACUCUGCCCUUUGCCUUUAAUUUAAGUGUAGCAUGUUUUGAAGGGGAGCAUUUCACUUUACCACAAAAAGUUGCUUUGCUAGAUUCUUCUUUUGGAAUUUUGUACCUUCUGAGUAUUUACCUAUCAUAGAAGUAUAAAAAGGUAACAAGUCAAAAUUUCUGUAAAAGUACGUAGGAGAGCUUUCCCAUUGCAAUCUCAAUCUCAUAACCUCCUUGUUUAGUACGCUUAUCAGGUUUAUCAUAUUUGUCUCAGCCAAUGUUUAACAGGUAGCAGUAAGAAACAAGAAAUAACACCCAUCCUUUUAUUUGGGCGAGGUUACAACAAACUAAAAUUUUGAAUUGUGCAGUGAUACGAUUAAACUAGAAGUUUCAGUCA